GAAGGAACGCCCAGCGGCAACCGGUUCCAACCUAGGUGGCUUCCCCUCCGCUAGCUAGGCGGCUUCCCAAGGCGGCGGCGCUGCCUUCUCUCCCCGAGAGAGAGAGAGAGAGAGAGAGAGAGAGAGAGAGAGAGAGAGAGAGAGGCGAGCUGUGUAGCCAUGGCAUGGGAGGAGGAGGCCGUGGAAGAGGAGGAAUACGGGGAGGAGAUGGCGGCGUCGGAGUCGGAGGCGGAGGACGUUGUGGUGGGGCAGAUGCCGACGGUGAUGGUGCCGAAGCACAUCAAGAAGCGUUCCCUCAAGAACAAGGCGCUCUCCGUCACCCUCGACAAGAAAGCUCUCAGGGAUUUCGUUACUGGGUUCCACAAGAGGAAGAAGAAGAGAAGAAAGGAAGCACAGAAGGUUUUGCAGGAGAAGGAGAGGAAGAAGAGAAUCGAGGCGCGCAAGAGGAGAAAACAAGAGAAAGAGAUUGCUCUAUAUGGUAGAGUGCUGUCAUCGGAUGAUGUUGAAUUAGAAAAUGAAGAUAUUGGUGAUGAUGGUGAGGAGAUGGAAAACGAUGAACCUUUGUCUGAAAUCAAAACUUAUGAAGAUGACGGGACUAGAAUCACAGUGACCACCAGCGAAAUUACUUGUGAAGACGAUGAUAUUGGACCGAGAAAUGUUGGCCCUGUGUCGAGCUACACCAACAAGAAUUCUAGUUCAAUGGCCAAGAAGAACUCCAGCUUAGGCGUGAAGAAGAAGCCACAGAAGAGAACGUUCAAGAACAAGAGCAAGGCGAAAAAGGGCGACAAGAAGCGGGGCGCGGUAAAGGGUAAAAGGAAGGGCAGAGGACGGAAGUAGCGUUUUCUGUCUGUAGAGAAAAAUCGUAUGGCUGACUGGGUUGUGGGUGACCUCAUAUAAUUUGAUGUGCACUUGUCUGUUGGUCAUCCAUACGGGGCUGGUAUGCUAAACUGUGAGUUGUGCUGCAUAUCGGUUAUCAAUGUCAGGGUCCAUCCAUGAUAGAACUGUUUUGAUCCUAGUUGAGAUAAUUUUCGUGACAGUUUUUGGCCCUUUAUUUGUACUAACCUUUCUUGCAUGGACACAUGGUUGUCUGAGCCAAAUGCUGAUCUGCUCGUAGCUUGCCAGCAGUA